GAUAUUCCUUAAAUCUUAGGUCAGGUGGUACAGUAUAGCAACGUCAUCCUGCGUCCAUAAGGUGGUCUGAGUGUUGUCCUCUAUCUUGUUUUCCGACAUGCAGGCGACGCGUUCCUUCCAGCCCUUUUCUCUUGGUAUCUCUAUAGCCGGCCUCCCGUUGGCUAGCUUCUCUACGGCGCUCGCGUAUUCGGGACGACGGGAGGAUCUCCACAUACUCAGCGUCGCGCAAAGAGAUGGCUUUGAUCCCUUAUGACAGCACAGCUCUUUGGGGGAUGCAGAAGUUACAUAAAUCUUCCUCUACAUUCUGUUUUGCCAACCACACAAUUCACAUUAAGCAGAAUUGGAAGCAGUUGGGUGUAGCUGCUGUGGUAUGGGAUGCGGCAGUAGUCUUGUGCACUUUCUUGGAGACAGGAGGUAUUGAUCUGCAAGGACGCAUGGUGCUUGAGCUAGGAGCUGGAACUGGCUUACUUGGAAUUGUAGCUGUGUUACUUGGCGCUCAAGUUACAAUCACCGACCGAAAGCCAACAUUGGCCUUGCUUGAGUCAAACGUGCAAGCUAAUUUACCUGUCAACCUUCAGCCAAGAGCAGCAGUAAAGGAACUUACCUGGGGACAAGAUUUGACAAACUUUUCUUCAGGAGGAUAUGACAUUAUCUUGGGUGCAGACAUAGUUUAUCUGGAAGAAACAUUUGCAGAUCUUCUUCAAACACUGGAUUAUCUCUGCUCUGAUGAGACUGUGAUCCUGUUGUCAUGCCGCCUCCGCUAUGAGCGGGACCAGAACUUCCUGAAGAUGCUUAGAGAACUUUUUACAGUGCAUGAAGUCUUCUAUGACCCUGGUAAUGAUGUGCAUAUAUUCAAAGCCCAGAGGCAUGUCCUGAAGGGGGAUUUGUGAUUGGUCUGAUCAUGAAUUCUUGCCAGCUCAUGUCUUCUCCUUCCUUCUCCCUGCUCUAAUACUUAGAUCAAAAAAUUCCACACAGCAUCUCACUCUCUCUCGUCAUUCUGAUGAUGGCAGCUUAGAUAAAUGAUUGAAUGAUUAGGGGGCAAAUCAUGACCCAAACUGUAGAAUAGGACCUUUGUCUCCAAACUAAGUGAAAAAUUCAGUUGAAUUCAGAUUAUUACUUCUGGUAAUAAAUUAUAAUGGCUGAAGAUUUAGCAACACCUGCAGUAAGACUUGUUGGUUUCUAAUUUCCAGCAGAACAACAGAUCACAACUGCUAUGUAAUUUGAAAAAAAUAUUGUGACCAUCACAAUGGAAGUACUUUAUGAGAAAGUAAAACUAAUCUUUUUUUUUUUGUUUCCUUAUUUGGAGUUAAUUAGGUUGACAGUUUUCUACGUAGACUUCCUUCUUGAUUUAUUCAUAGUUACAGUAAGGAAUUAAUCAGGUGAGCCAUCAAAGGAUAGCAAUCCCUCAAUUUAUUUUUGAAGAAAUAACUGAAAAACAGUAUAUGGUCACUGCAUAAAUGGGCUAAUUGUCCAUAUUCAUUCCUUCUCUCUGUUUCAGCCAGGUGGUCAGUUAAUAUAACUUCCUCAGUAAACUACAGGUGAAGGCCAAAGGGGACAUACUUUGGAAGGAAGAAAAAUUGCUUCAGAAAAAGUGUUGGGGUAGAGUUGGGGGUUUCCUUAGAUGGGUACAUGGGUUGUCAGAGAUAUGGAGCUGGCUCUAAUUCUUAAUCCUUCACUCUAUGUAAUACAGAUUAUGAGACUUCAGACUUUUUUAUUACUUGCCUAAAGGAACGUAUCUUAACCUAUCAGUGGCCUGGAAAGGGAAAUAAAAUUUCAAUUCAGCUGAUAAACACUUCAAGCGACUUUUUUAGACAUCUUUUGGAUUAUGUUUGACUAUAUGUAUAUAAAAAAAGGUAAAUAGCAUUGACAAAGUAUCUGGAAUUCAUCACAAAAAGUUUUUGAAAGUUGUGUACAGAAGGACCAAAUGAAGGACUGAAAUCUUU